UUAUGUUACGGGGUUUGAAUUUUUAAAUGAUAUAAGCUGUGUCGAGCUGAAAUCACAAAAUGAUCCAAAUAAUGAAAUAUUUUAUAGCUAUGAUUGGAUAAUUAAAAAUUUUCAGGACUUUUAUCCUGUAUCACCUAGUUUUAUUAAGAGUGACCGGUUUUAUUCUCCUGUACAAAGUAAUUUGCAACAUACCCAAGGCAAUUAUUUUGGAUGGCGACUUUAUAUAAUUCCGAACGAUGGUCUUUUAGGGGGUCAACUCUCUGUAGGUUUAACCGCUAUACAAACAGAUUUUGAAAAAAAAGAUAUAGAAGCUGAUUUGACAAAACGGAGCGCAGAUCAUGACUUUGAGCUAUUCGUCAAUUAUACUGGGAAAUAUAAACCUGUAUGGAAAAGUAAAAGAUUCACUUUUAAUAAGCAUAGUGUAUCAUCGGAAGUUUCCAGAUUUAAUAAUACCAAAAUAAUAUUUCCAGACAAUGACAAAACGAUCAAAGUGGAUUUGAUCGUUCGAGUUAAUUUUUAUAAAAAUAAUUUGGCAAUUGAAUCACCGCCCGAUUUUAUGAGUGAACAAUAUUUUAACGAUGAAGUGUUCAGUGAUAUCGUAUUUACGUUUAGAGACAAUUCUACGAUCAAAGCAUCUAGUAUGUUCCUUGCUACAAAAUCUUUACACUUUAAAAAAUUAUUAGGGGAUACAAGAAAGGAUGCCAGUAAGAUAAUUAUUAAAAUGGAUGGAUUUGCUUAUGAUAGUUUUUAUAGAUUAUUACAUUACAUUUAUACUGGAAAGCUUGAUGACGAUUUAAAUUUUGAGGAAUUAUGUGAUUUGUAUAAUGAAGCCAACUUAAGAGAAAUUCAUGAUUUGAAAAAAUUACUUUGUUGUAGAAUUAUUGAUUUUGUAGAUGAGAACAAUUUGGAUAUCUUGUUUAUGCUGGGAGUUAAAACAAAAAAUAAUGUGUUGAAGAAUGCCGUUUUGAAAUUUUCCGCUAUUGGUCAUACGGUGAUUGAAUCUUGA